GGGAGAGAAAGGUCGACCAUACGAAUCAACCACGAAAUUUCAGUUAAAAAAGGGAGCUUAGUGGAGACGUGAGGAUUGUUGCCGUUUAGACUGAUACGCACGACAUGGUUUCCCUAACAACAGAGUAAUGUAAUGCUGGUAAGGGGGAAUGAUUCCAUAGCGUGGAAGAAUCUACCAAACUCCAACCAUCUAUAUCUCUUCUUCUUUCACUCAAUUACAAGAUUUGUUCCCCAAAAGACGCAAGAAUGGCGAAUAACGAGAACGAGACAUGUUCCUUCACCGAUUUCCCAGAGGACAUUCAGGUGUCCAUCCUCUCGUUCCUGGGCCCAUCGGAGAUCGCAACCCUAGCCUGCACCUCGAAGAAACUGGGCUCUCUCUGCUCCACCGUCUCCAAGCUCUGGUUCUCUAUGUGCGAGCGCAGGUGGGGCUCCAACACCCGCAUCACCCAAUGGGCCCAAAAGCCCGCCAUCUCCUUCAAGCAACUCUACCACACCCUCCACCGCUGGGAGAAUCUCCUCGGCUUCUGGCGCCGAAGCGGAACCGGAAUCCCUUCCUUGCUCUUCUUCGAGUGGGGCCCAUCCUUCAUCUCCGCUUCUAGGGUUUCCCCUUCCGACUCCGAUUCGAACACCUAUGGUGUCACCAAAACGCCGUUCCUCUGGAUGAGCCUCUCUGAGGAGGGACACGUGGUCACGUUUCUCGAUCCCGACGGGAGGAGAUCCGAUUUCAAACCCGAGAAUCGGAGCGAAUUGGUGGCUGUGGAUGUGAGUUUCAUGGGGAAGACGCAUUUUGUUGUGGAGGAGAAGCGGGUUAGGGGGGGUGAUGACGAUGUCGUGGUGGCGGAGAGCGGAUCGCCGCCGGAGAGACUGAUGGCGGAGAUUUACCAGCAUUUCGCGAACCCGCGGAGCCCCGGGAGUGAUCGGUCCAGGAGGCAGAGGCGGCGCGAGAAGGAGAGGCUCUACGGGAGGAAGUGGGAGCCUCAGCAUUUUGUCAAGAUUGUCAACUGCUCGCCGACUCCGGCCCGCCCAUUGCAGGGCCUGUGGAAGGGAAUUUGCGGUGACAUGAGUUUGGCAUUUUACCUUGUGGCAUAUGAUGACAUUGGGGGUAUUGCCUGCCGGUGGAUUGGGGAUCCUCCUGACCAUUUUUCAGGACAGGCCCCGGUUUUCUGGACGUCUAAUGCUACGUUUCUGGAAUCUCCCUUUUCUCCAGAGGAAGAAUCUUUGUAUGACAGUCGUGUUCAUCUUCAACCGCUUCAACUGGGCAAUGAAGUUCUUGAGCAGUUCCCUUUGUCGGACUGUGAAUUGGUAAAUCAAAUUCAGCAGUUCCAGUUGUCAGGCAAUGUGGUAAACCGAAUUCAUCACAUAAGUUCAAGUUAUGAUUUAGUUGUUCCAGGCCUUGCUGGAACAAUGAAUCGAAGGAGUGCAGAAGGAAGGAUUUGGCAGUACCGAAAUGGUACUUUUGGAUUUGGAUUCCUUUCGGACAAUUUUGUCAUAGACAUGAAACAUAUUGUCCACAAUGGUUGUAUUGUGGAUACUGUAAAUUCUUCUGCUAAUUGAUUCCCUUCUGCAUUUUUUAUUCAUAGAUAAAUCAUAUAGCCAGAUGUCACCUAAACUCUGUGGCAUAGUGUAUUAUUAGUUUUGAAAUAAUAACAAUUUGUUUAGAUGGUA